UUGGCAAAUAAUGCAUAGAAUAGUUAAUUAAUAUAUGGUGACUUGACAUGUGUCUAUGUGGGGGUAUAAUUGUUUGUGUGUAUCUUUUUCCAGAAGAUUGCUGUGGCUACAUGUCUGUAGCAAGUCUGCAGGUGCUACAGAUCUUUAUAUUUUAGAGUCCUCGCUACUAGACGGAAGUCAGAGAGAAGUUUUGUUUCAAUCUGAAGAAGAAAUAUUGGAAGACUUGAGCCUAACAGAGGAAAACACCAAAAGAUGUUUGAUUUUUGCUUCAAAUAUGUCUGUUGUUUGUAGUCUUUCUAAUGUUACAUGGAUGAUUGAAGCAAACCUUUCCACUUCAUCAAAGAAACCCAUAACAUCAUUUGCUUUACAAGGAAAUCAUGUAUUUUUUACAUCAAAUUCUAAUGCUUAUGACAUUUGGCUUACUAAAACUUUGGCUUCAGUCUCUUGGCCAGUGUUCUCAGUUGAUGUGAUUUCAACCUCAAAAGUGAGUGUAGAAAGAAAUAUUUGCCAAGAAUCAAACUGCAGUGGACUCUGUAUCCCAAUAUCUAAGAGAAAGAUACAGUGCAACCAAAUAUCCAGAGAAGGUAAGAUUUGA